GUCCUUUAAGGAGGAAAUUCAUUUUCACGGUGGGCGCAUACAAAACUGAACGGACAGUCUAUGGUCUGUGGAUGCUUAUUUAAAGUUUACAUGACUAAAGGAACAAAGCUCUUUCUGAAAAGGGCCUUUCUGACGGUGGCUGGUCUGUACCUCCAGCCGGGGGGGAAGGGGAGUGAAGUGCUGGUCUGGAGUGGGUGGUCAGGGCCAUGUAUGAUUGUGAUUGUGAACGCUUUGCGGACCAGGGAUGAGGUGACACACUGGGCUAAGCUGUAGGGUUGAAUACCAAUGAGUUAGCCGGUUAAAUGGGUUUCCUUUAAGACUGUCUUGGCACAUGUAAGGAAAAAGCAGACCUAAUGCAGUGUUAUUCAUCUCUAAAUUAUCUCCAUAUUGAUGCAUGUGAUCUGUUCUGGUUUACAGUGCUAUCAUGCAACACAGUUCUCUCAUUUGACCUACAUACUCGAAAUGCUUUUGUUUCAUAUCUGGGCUCUUCUAACCUGUAAGGAUGAACUAGUUGCUCAGUAAAUGAAGUCGAUAUUCCUGUUAAGAUCAGCUGCAGAUAUAUGAUGGUGGUGAUGCUGCAGGAGUGACGGCGAGGAGGAUUACAGCCCCCAGCCACGGCGAGCCGUGUCUCUUUAACGGAGGUAUUCUCAGGACGGGAAGGGGGAGGAGGGGAGAAGGGGGGAUUGGUGGAUGGGUUCAUCGGGUUCAUGUAGUACCGGGCGCCUCCUCCCAUUCCAGGUUGGCUGAUUCCCUGCUUCCCUCGACGAAAGCGGCGGCACGGGGCGAACAAGUGAUGGAAAACCGAGUGGAGGUUUACGGCGGACAAGGCUAAAUAGUGGAGCUUGACCUUUAAUGAGGACACAGAGGCUCGAUCAGCUGAUGACUCCAAACUCGCUGCCAUUUUUCAGGUCAUUCGAGGCAUCUCUCUAACUUCUUGUGUGGCUCCAGCCAGUUGCGCGAACAAGCCCGCUCCAUUUGCCCGACAAGCAGCCCACUGGAAUGGGGGGAUCGCUUUGUCCUGUGCUGUCAAGCGGUGGAAUAUAAAUCAUGAUGGCUGAUGGAUGUUGCAGGGGGAUGGAAAGAGGCAGGGGGAAGAUUGCAUCAGAUUCUUUACCGAGGCAUCCGUAUCCUCAGCAGUAUGUGCAGAGCGGAUCGCAGCAGCAGCAGCAGCAGGGGAAUGACAUCCAGGAAUUAGCCUCCAAACGCGUCGACAUCCAGAAGAAGCGUUUCUACCUGGAUGUCAAGCAGAGCGUGCGCGGCCGCUUCCUCAAAAUAGCCGAGGUAUGGAUCGGGAGAGGCCGCCACGAUAACAUCAGGAAGAGCAAACUGACGCUGUCUAUGUCGAUGGCUCCAGCUCUACGCUACAGUUUGGGGGACUUUAUAGAUUACUACGCCCGCAUCGGACUGCGGGGGGGCCUGGCGCCUCCGCAGGUGGACGAGCACAGCAACAACGGUCUGGGCCGCGGGCACGAGUCCCGCAGGAGGGCACAGGAGACGCAGGCGACGCUGUCUCCCACCGGCUCUGCGGCGUCCGACGACCACGCACACCGCGUCCUCAAGAGCGAAUUCAUCGAGAGAGACAACAGGAAGUACUUUCUGGACCUGAAGGAGAACCAGAGGGGCAGGUUCCUCCGCAUACGACAGACUGUCAGCAAAGGACACGGCACCAUGGGCUACUACGGUCAGGGCAUCGAGCAGACCAUCGUGCUGCCCGCGCAGGGGCUCAUCGAGUUCAGAGACGCGCUGUCGCAGCUCAUUGAAGACUAUGGCGACGAAGACAGCGACGACCGCGGCCGAACCGGCUCCAGGAGCCGCGACGACAACCCCGAGCUCCCAGAGGCCGCGUCCUUUCGGGUGGACAACAAGAGGUUUUACUUUGACGUCGGUUCCAACCGGUACGGUAUCUUUUUAAAGAUUAGCGAGGUGCGGCAGCCGUAUAGAAACACAAUCACCGUGCCCCUGAAAGCCUGGGCUAGGUUCGGAGAGAAUUUCAUCAGGUAUGAGGAGGAGAUGAGAAGAAUCUUCUCUUGUCACAAAGAGAAGAGGACAGACGCCCGGCAGGACAGCGAGGAGCAGGAGGACUGACCUCUGCAGGCCUGCCUGUGCUUUUGCAUGUCGUGUAGGGAUUGUGUUGAUGAUGGUGUGCAGACGUGACAUGAUGUACUCUAUGUGCCCCCACCAUGCUCUUACUCUCAAUGCCGCGUACCACGUUCACUUUUUUGGCCAAUUUGCCAAGGGCUGGUAAACUCUAAAUUCUAACCUGCCAAGAAGUCAUUCAUUCACAGCCUGAUUCCAUUUUUCUUUCUCAGUGCUGUGCAAUGCACUUUAUCCACAUAUUCAGGGCCGGCCCAGGCUUAUUAGGGGCCCAGAGUACACCCACCCCCACACCACCACCACCAUGCCAUUUAAAUUUACCUGUGCAAUGUACAAUGUAAACGUUCAAUUAGAAAUGACAGGGGAUGGUGAAGCCACAGGGAGAGUUUGGAGGUAUAGUGUUGGCUAGAAAUCUCUUUUUAUACUCUUCCAAAGUAUAACAGUGAAUAGUUUUAUGGCACGCAAAUGUGCAGAGAAUUUGUCGAAGACUGAAAACAUAUAUACAAUGAACUGCCCUAAGUAGUAGAGCUAUAUAAAAAGUGCAAUUUGAGAAAUUAUACAAAAAGAUAAAUAUUAGAUUUACAUUUAUUAUUCAAUUACAACCAAAAUUGAACAGAAGACUUCCCAUGUUACGUUUGCUUGGUCGGUGCGGCCUCUGGCCUCCAGCUGAGCCCCGAGCCUCAAGCAGAAAUUCAUUUUUUUACUAGAUUUAAACUUCUGCGUUGGAUCGUCGCCGAAGGCGCGGUGUGGCUCUCUACUUUACAUCAGAAAUGUAACUACACAUCACUCUGACAAUAGAUCAUCCAAAAUACACUUGUGCAAUGUCUCUCACUGGCCACCCAAGCACAGAAAAUUAUCGCUAGACGUCUUCCCUCUUUUCUGUGCAGAAAAAAACAAACAACAAAAAAAAAAAAUGCCCCAACUCCAACAUGAGCCGUUCGGUUCCGGUCGCCGCUGUUCGAAGUAACCGGCCGCUGACUCGCAUUCUAGCCGUGUAGUCAGAUAACAAUGCAAAAAACACCAGCAUUCAUGUGUAAGUGCUCACAACGGCGUAGACCCAGCACAGAAGCUUAAAUUGAGAUAAGUGCAAUACACACCAGCAACAUCAGCUAACGCACACAGCAGCCAUACUGGAGCCGACCACAGAGAAGGAUGUGGUAGUUUAGGUCACAGCCAGCAGAAUGUGCUGUGAUAAUGUGAUAAGACACGUUUAGUUGUUGCUUCCCUGCAAUAACAAAGUGUCGUCUCUGGAAAACGGGACAAUGGUGUGAGAAGCUCAUGCUACCGGUGCAGGCUUACUGUAAAAAUAACACACAUAUGUAGUGGCGUGCAUCAUGUGCUGCUGGUGUGUUUCCCUAGUGUUAUUGUAUACACUGGACAUUUGAGAAUUCCAGUUCCAGUUGGUACACACACACACACACACACACACACAGUAGAUGUUCAUCUAUAUAGAGGUUAGACUAUCAACUAUAACAUUGGCAAAAAUGAACUGAGGCUUUCUCACAAAUUUUCCCUGCAGUGCAGUGUUAGAUGCCAAUUAAAUAUGCGCACAUACCCAGACUAGGGUAUGUCUGGGUAUUUAGCAAAUGUAACAUCGUGCUGACUUGCUGCUUACCUCAUCAGCAUCACGAUGAGGGGAGAAACUAACUUAGAAGAGCCGCUGUGUCCAGCGUUGCAGGAGUACAAGCACGCAAACCCCUGCGUGUCGGCCUGGUUUUUCGUGAUGCCUUCACACUGGACUAACGGUGUCUGUUUCAUUCACACGUGGCGGCGCAGCGAUGCAGUGAGGUGAAGCGCUGUCUUUGGGUAAAAGCACCAAAAAUUUGUCAAGGACGCCGAAAUGAAUCCAAAACAUCAUCGCUACUGCAGUCCAUCUCUUAUUACUCUAUCUAGCUUAGGCACUCAGUCCAUACACACAAGGCUGUUUGUCUUGUGACGAUGGUGUUCAUCUUAGAUGGCUUUGUGUUUCUUUGAGUCGCAUUCAUAUACCAAGAUUUGAGUUAGCUGGUACUUUCUUUGAAGCCCUCAAACACUUGAAGAAUUGACUGGAAGAAUCUGCUGCCUGAAUAUAUCACCUAAUGAAUAUGUGUUGUGUAAAAUUGCAGCUUUGACAGAAGAAAAAAAAAUCUACACAUACAGUAGAUUGUAAAGGUCUCCUAAAGAUAAGUGUGUUACUGCUGUUACAUUAGUUUUAUACACUUACAUUUCUGGAGGAAAGGUAUUGUACAUGUGUUCUGCUGAGCACACAUGAGACGAUCAUACGGAGCUUGCAUUCAGCUGCCUCCUUGGCCCUCCAUCAGUUGCUGCACAGAUUCCAGUCACACACCGUUACAGCAAAAAUAGUCCUGAAGCUUCUAAAGGUCGAAUUUGCCAAAUUAGAACAAAGAAAACUGUACACGUUUCCUUCAUAUGAAUGGUUAAUCUGCUUCUUCAUCCUGUCGCUGUCUUAUAAACCCAGGUUGUAUAGUAAUGCCUUUAAAACUCUUUUGGAUACUUGACAAUUAUUCUUAAUAUUAUUUUAUAAAAUGCCCCCCAAACCUUUACGCAGACAACAGAUAAAGUUCGAAACAUCAAAAUGCGUUUCUCUCAUAUGUCAUAUCUUUCAUAUCUUCGACCAGUGGCUUUCAAAUCUAGUGCUAAUCUGUGCGAAUAAUCUUUUUAAAAGUUUUUGGUGCUACGGAAAUGUGUUGUCGCAUUUUCUGUCCUACAAAGUUGCUGAUAUUUCACAAUAAAGGUCUACAGUUCUCUGCUGUUUUCUACAUGACAGUAACAGGUCAUGGUAGAAACUGGGCUUGAAGCCAGGGAACACCUCCGUGCUCACUGGUAAACAGGGUGACAGAUGAGUGGUAGCGUAGAAAGGGCUCAACAUGCUGCUCAGACAAGCCUUUCAGCCACAUUUGCACCAAUGUGCUUCUUUCUGCAGAACCGUGUAUUUUACCUUUCCCUACUGUCUACUGAUGAGUGAGUUAUGGUGUGGCCUGAAAGUGUCCACGUCUUAUGUGUGUGUUCUGUAUGACUGUGAGUCCCAAGUAUCCAUCCGUUAGCUGCUUCUCAGUUUGGGCUUGAAUGGCAGUUUGCUGUACUUUGAGCUGCGUGACCUGUAUGAAAGUAGAGCUGGACAUUAUUGACCAAGAGCUCGAUCCAGACUUUGAAUUUAGCGUUGCACAACAUUGUUUAAUCAGCUGUUAUGCUCCGGGGAUAGUGAACCUUGGACUCAGUAGGGUCUUCUUUAAGAUCAGACGCUGACAUGAUCGCUGUCACAGCCUUUAUCUUCCGAAAAAGAAGCCAGCCAAAGUGCACAAAUGACCAAUUUACAAAAAUGUACAGUUCUAAUAAGAGCAAAUUAGAAAAGCAGGUUUCUACAGGGGACUUUUUGGCUCUUAGAUCUAUUAAAUAUAGGCAUACCAUUUGAGAAUAGAUGUUAUAUAUAAAAUAUAGUUCCACAUGUACUUGAGAAUCAUUAGAUACAUGGUUGGGUAUAUGGGGGAUGUUGGUGUCUCAUACACUCAUUAUGGAAAACGCCCGAGUCCCCUGGUGCCCAUUGAAAGUGUAUUGUGACUCAGACAAUUCUAACAAUAGUAAUCUGUGCCAAGUGUAUUAAACUGCAGGAAUUCAUUGCAACAAUGCUGACACUUCACAGCAUUUCCAGUUAACUCUCAGCUAAGCAACAGUUUGAUUAGUUUGGACUAACUAGUCCCAACGGCACUAUUGGACUAAAGGUCCAAUUGAGUGAAGUAAAAUUAAACUCAUAAUUCAAAGUUGAAAUUUUAGGGAUCCCUGUCUUGUUUGCUCACCUAGUUUUAUUUCAGCAAAUGAAAGAACUUCCUUCUAAUAAUGUCAGUGUACCAGAUGAUUAUCCAACACUUGGCGUCAGACAGUGACCAAACAGACAUGUAAUGAAAUGAAAAUCCUUCAGAUUUGCAGCUUUGAAAGCAAACGUGUAGAAUUUUACUUUUAUACACCCUAUCAUAAGACUGGAUCUGAACAGAGGCAACUCAGUUACGCUCUUUUGAAACCCCUCAGAAGUGUCUGAGCUGGGCUCUUUGUCUCAGUGUAACUCUAUGGUGUUCUGACCACUAAGUCGCUACGAGACUCAAAGGUCUUGGUGACAGAGAGUGGGCAAAAAUGGAGGAAAAAAAAGAAAUCAGUGUUAAAAGAUGCAUCGUGAUGGAAAACAAUUCUUGUGAUGCCUUUAGUGCAUGAGAAGCACAGGACUAGUUGGGUUUGGUGUGUUUGUUGUACAGUAUGGUGAAGAGUUUGAACUUUAAGGACACAGUGAGUUUUAUUUUCAUAUAGAUGACAAAAGAUAUAUUAACCACUAUAAUUCAAAGCACAAUUUAUUUUGAAAAUGAAAUGGAAUGCCAUGGAAUCAAAAUGCUCAAGAUGCUCAAUCCACUACAUGAAAUUGAUUCAGAAGUGACGGUCAGUGAACUGAACUUGUGAGGCCAAUAUUCUCAAAAUUAAGUCUUGCCUCAGCCAAGAUAUUCAUAUAAAGACAAAUAAUCUACUAGGUGUAAAAUGGAAUAUCCUUUUAAAGUAUGACGGUUAUAUGUCUUUAAAAUUACAAGUAUUGCUCCAAAAAGCACUUUAAAUAAAAGCUGCACUUUUUUCUGCUGCUUUGUCUUCAGUUGACCUAGAGGGACCAUUUCUUUCCAUGCCUUUGGUGUAACGUGACAAUCAUGGAUCCCUGAUUAUAGAAACUGAUUACCUGAGCUCAAAAAUUCCCAUCAUGCUCUGUGCCAGAGUUUGACAGCUCCAAGUGACAGCCUGUGGAGUGGAUCAUCUACAGUAUUAGAGAAUAUUCAUGCAAACAUGAUAUGAAAUAAUCACUGUCAGUUAGAUGUACCGAGACUCUAGAAUUUCAUUGAAUCUUGUGAAAGGAGCCCAUUCUGUAAACAUGAAUAGUGUGAAAAUUACUUGAUUAUAAACUGCACAACCUAAGGCUGUCACUUUUUAUUAAAAAUAUCAUAUUAUUUUAAUACUCCGCAAAAGAAAAGUGCCAAUCUGUGACAUUUCCGGCGUGAUUAAGUUAGCAACAACUGAAGUGACCGGUGUUGACAAACUUACUGCAAAUGUGGUUGAUACUACAUGCUACACAGUUCUGAGGGGAGCUGAAUAAACUUAUCAUUUGAAGAAGUCAGGCAGAGUAGUUGGCCCUUUUACAUAAUUCUUUGGGCAAAUGAGAUCCGAUUUUGUGUUAAACAUUAGUCAGUUACUAAGAAUUUGGAGGUAUGCAGCACACAGGCUGUAUAAAUAUGGAUGACGGAUCAAAUCCUCAAAAGUGAAACCAAAGCAAGUAGAGCUCCCCCUGGUGAUUGACUGCAGUAUAGGUCGUAUCUGCACCUCCUCCUAUGUUAGUGGAUGGUACUUGGGCCGAACUAUAACACUAAAAUACGCGUGAAUUCAGUUUUCAAUUUUUUUUUUCAGUGAUAGUUUCCAUCAUUUUAGGUAGUUAAGAUAAUGUUGAUGCACACUCAAGUGUCAAUUUCAUUUUAGAUUGUUAUAUAAUGCUAUUGAAACAGGAUGUGACAUCAUCAUGACUACAAGUUGCCAUGCUAAACACUGAAAAAAUAGUAGUGUAGUAUUAAUUAAACAAAAACUGUAGUGACUCUGGAGGAAAUGUGGUCGGUUCAUUGAUAUCGUGGCUCAGCAUGCUGCACUCUUGUACCGUACUGUCCAGACUCUGGCUCCAACCUUGCAAGAUGACAUUACCUGUACCCCCUAGGAAAAUAGCGUCAGUUUGGCUAAUGCAAGGAACCGGGGACGUCUUGUCCAUAUUUAAACAGCAGCCUGUCACCUGCAGCCCCUCAUCUAACAGCUCAAUGUCGUUGCUAAUUCUUGUUCCAUUACUCCCAGCAAUAUUUCCAACCGACCCGCUGUCAAAAACUGACGAACAUCACUACCUUAUAAUAAAAGUCAACUUCCGUUUAGCUAGUUAAAUGUGUUUAAUGUGAUGCUGCAGCAGAAGGAAAUGUUUAGCCAUUAGGAAUUCAUAUCCAUAGACACCCAGUUUGUAACACUGAAGUAAGGUCAUGUUAGUGGUGGAUCCCAAGUGAUAAAAUAUUCUAUAGAAAGCUGUCUGAGAUUUAAAAAUACUGCAUUUAUAUUAAAAACCAAACAUGGAUACCAUACCUGCACAUGCUGAAUCUGACCACUAAAGACAAGAUUGCCAGUAAGAAACAACGUUUCUAAGAUCUGUGUUCGUAUAACAAAGCAAACCCAUACAUUACAGAAGUGAAAUGCGAUAAACCGAAACAUUUUUCAUCCUGGUCCAACUGGAAUAACCUGUCCGCCACACUAGACCAAUCCAUUUCCUGAUUCAGCUUUAAUCUUCUCUUCUAAGUUCCUUGCUUGUGCUUUCUCAAUUUACCUUUAUAUGACAUUGUAGGUGUGCUCACUUUCAGAUUCCUUCAAGCACAGGAGCUAGGGCCACCUCAACAGUACAAUUUCCUCUAUAAUUAGCGCCACAUUACCUAGAAAAAAAUGAUGAACUAUCACGCUCCAUAAAUGUAAUAUGUGGUCGUAAGGGGCUUUAUGUUCCUUACUGACAGAGAACGGCAGCUGUGGUCAGGUUGGCUUAAGAAACACUGGGUAAAAAUGUUUAUUUUAUUGAAUUUAACCUCUGUGAUUUAUGAUUAUACAGUGGAACCAGCUUGACACACUCACUCAAAAAAACAAAAGGGUGACAAAAAGGUCUGCUGCCUAAAUUGUUCUUGAGCCUUCAGCCUCGUCUUGAGAUGGCUGGCCCUUGAUCUACCUGAGGUAUACCAUGAGAAGAAAUUCAUCUCACUGUCAAUUCGAAAAAAAAAAAGAGCCAGUAACAUGUUAGUCUUUAUUUCAAGCGUUUUUUAUUUUUUGUACUUUAAAUAAUAUUUUUCCAUGUGCAUCUGAAUGCACAUGUUGGUGUCAGAAAUACCGUCACCUUAGUAAUAUGGAAGCACAACAAGAAGCGGUGUUUUGAGCCAUUUUCUGACCACAGGUGCUUUUGGUUUUCAUGCAGGAGGUUAUAAACAGUACAGACUGUUUCAUAGUAAGGAGACCAUUGGGGAUUUACAUAUGAUACAUACAUAUGGCUCUUAAGGUCAUUUAAAUCUUUGUGGUUACAGGUUAGAGAUAGAAGGCUGCAGGAUGUUGGACUUGAAUUAACAGCUUGAUUUAAAAGAAUCUUGACUGUUAUCAAUGAUUGAAUAUUUCCAACCCUGACGCCUUAAAGCACUUUUACCGUUUUACUGUAUCUCUGCUUAUUUUGACUCUUGUCUUUUGUUUUAGCAGAUAAAAAUGAUUAAAAAUAACCAACUGGCCAAAGCCAACCGAGAACUAGUUUCAUAAGAUUGUUGCUAAUACUAGACCCAGAUGGCGUAGCCACAUCCUGGAUGAAAAUAAUCGUUUUACAAUGGUAAUCAUUCGAAGAACAGAGGUGGAACUCACCCUGACAGUGUCUGUGUUUUUCUGUGGUUGUACAGGUAGAGUGAUGUGAAUGUACGCUAGUGAAGAAGACAUUCUGUUGUUUUGUUUUGACUUGAGUUCACCAUCAGAGUUUGGGAGCGGGAAAUGUAGAGAUAUAGAUGUUUGGUAUUCUUUUAAAAAUGAACUGAAGUGAAUAAUGAAAAUGUGAAAAGGUGUAAAUUCAGAUACAUGUAAUGUAAUACAUUGGUGUGUCCUAUAGUCCUGUAACUAAGACUUAAAAAACAAGGAAGUUUUGUACUCUAGCACUUUCUUUACUGUGUACUGUAUAAGUUCAUCUUCUACUUGUAAAGUACUGUAUGAAUAUUCAUUACUUGCCUUGUAACGUUUGAAAUGAUGCUACGUUUAGAAAUGGUAACCAAGAAAACAAUGUUUUUAGAGUGUAUGCAUGCCAAUGGUUGGGUCCCACUAUAAUAGGAAAACUAUAUGAAAAAUGGUGCUAUGUUAUAUUAUAUAAAGGUGCUUCUAUGGACCCUAGCUGAAUGCAUGCAAAGAGGAACUAUCAAAAGAAAAAAAAAGAGAAAACUGAUGUCCUACUGCUGUUCUCGAAUAGUGCUGCUUCCCAAAGAUGUCAGAAAUUUGGAAAAUCCAACUUUCUAUUUGUUAAAAUGACACAGCCCUUCAAGUUAGUAAUCCAGUUCUGGCUUACAAGGCAGAGCAGUGGUGACACGACAGCUUCCUCUGCAGAUAUGAGCACACAGUGUUGCUUUCAGCCCAUUUAUUACCCUCCGAACACGUGUCUGUUUCGUGGGUAUGUUUAACUCGGACAAGGAAAGUUAAAGUGUUCCCGUUCUUCCCUGUUUUUUUUUAUAGUUUUUUUUCUGGGCUGCAUCACUAGAAUGCAUGGAGGGUGUUAUUACAAUCAGUCCGUUGGCAAUUUCCAACUAGUUUUGUAGUGCAUUGUAUCUCUGAAAUGCAUAGCAAGUGGCAGAUAUCUUAUGGGAUCGCAAACGGUGAAGUCUAACUGUAAAUACUAUCAUUACCAGCCUCUUGAGCUCUUAGAUGAACUAGAAGCAGGAUCAGCCUGAACCUGUUUGUGGCUCUGAGCAGCAUCACUAAAACAUUGUAAACCAGGAGUAUCUUAAACUCGCCCAGUCAUGAGGUGGUUUUUAUUUCUAAGAACAGACAAAUGAACAGUCAUGUCUAUUUACAGUUACACUGCCUUUGUGACAAAGUCUAAAAGAUCUACAGACAAUCUAAUGACAUCUUUUUUGUACUCUUAAUUCUUCAGAUGUUUAUGUAUUUAAGUAAUUUUACAUGUAGCAGAGUUAUUGGACAGCAAACAUCAGUUUAGUCAUGGAACGGUCGGAGGUGCUUGAGUUUAGAAUUUGUGUUGAUUAUCGCUGGCAUUUGGAGAAAUGAAAAUGUGUACGUUUAUUGGUUGUAUUGAUCAUUGUUCUUUUAUGUUUUUCAUUAAAUGUUUAGCAGAAUUAUCA